ACUCAAACCCUAGAAGAAGACUUUAUAUUGAAGAGGCGCCGUAGAAGCAUUUUAGGUUAAAUCUUGUUGUUGUUGAUUCUUCUGUGUUCGUCGUCGACCUAUUUUCCUCAGCCAUGGCCGUCGGGAAAAACAAGAGAAUCUCUAAGGGUAGGAAGGGAGGAAAGAAGAAGGCUGUUGAUCCUUUCUCCAAGAAGGACUGGUAUGAUGUCAAGGCUCCUUCGAACUUCACCAACAGGAAUGUUGGAAAGACACUUGUUUCCAGAACUCAGGGUACCAAAAUUGCCUCUGAAGGUUUGAAACACAGAGUUUUUGAGGUCUCUCUAGCUGAUCUUCAAGGUGAUGAAGAUAACGCUUACAGGAAGAUCCGUCUCAGAGCUGAAGAUGUCCAGGGCAGGAACGUUUUGUGCCAAUUCUGGGGCAUGGACUUCACAACUGACAAACUUAGGCUAUUCUGCAUUGCCUUCACCAAGAGACGUGCUAACCAGGUCAAGAGGACUUGCUACGCUCAAUCCAGCCAAAUCCGUCAGAUUCGCAGGAAGAUGAGGGAUAUCAUGAUUAAGGAAGCUUCCUCAUGUGACCUUAAGGAUCUUGUUGCUAAGUUCAUUCCUGAAGCUAUUGGCCGGGAGAUUGAGAAGGCAACUCAGGGCAUCUACCCUCUUCAGAACGUUUUCAUCCGUAAAGUCAAGAUCCUCAAGGCACCCAAAUUCGACCUUGGCAAGCUCAUGGAUGUUCAUGGAGAUUAUUCAGCAGAAGAUGUUGGUGUUAAGGUAGAGAGGCCAGCUGAUGAGAUGGCCGUUGAGGAACCUACUGAAAUCAUCGGAGCUUAAGAAUGGUUUUUGAUAAAAUGUUAAAAUUGAGAGAUCUCUUUUUUUCUCAUAAACUUUAGCUUUUUAAUGCUUGUCGUUUCACACUCUCUUUUGUUCCCUCAGUUUAAUUUUUGCUGUAUUGAUGACUUUUCUCAGUGUAAACUUGCGAGUUUUUGAUAAUUUAUGGAACACCUUUUUCUCUGAAUUUGAGUUCCUCCAUAAGACUAUUUGCAUCCCCAAACUUUAGUUGAUUUAGUCGUGUUACUAUACGAACUUUUCCCAUUUUUUUCCAUCGAAUGAACAUUAUAAACUUUU